AUGCCAAUACAUUUUGCACUGACAGCACGGAACUGCACCAUAAAAAUUUCAUGGAGCAAAGCUGGAGAUGUUACAGCCGUCUUGUCAACGGGCUCCAGUGCUGGCCCCUCUUGUUCCGCUUCCACGGAGUACAAUGGUGGAAGCACCGAGACGGAACUUCCCCGUUCCCCUUUUUGGGUGGCAAUAAAAAGAAGAGUCAUUCAAGCUGCAUUCAGUCCUUGUCUAAGAGAGGCCAAGAUGAAGAACCUGGCAGUAGUCCUGGCAAUAGCCCUGAUGGUAACUGACCUCCCUACACUGACUGGUCUACCAAUGGAAAGCCUUCUACUCAACCGGAGAUGCAGAUGCCGCAAGCAAACCUCAGAGGUUAUCAGUGCUUGGAAGAUUAGUUUUAUUGAGGUGAUUCCUCAGGGGAUUCAGUGUAGAAGAAAGGAGAUUAUACUUACCCUGAAGAAUAAACAGAGAGCCUGCGUGUAUCCCAAUGCACCAUGGAUCCAGCUAUUGCUUCAUAAGCUGAUGCAGAGUAACAGCAUCAGUGCAGUGCAAGUCCUGGACUGA